AUGAAAGCGCUGCUGCACCUUCAGCUCAAACAUACCAUGCUCGGCACUGGGACUGCAGACGGCACAUUGCAGACCUUCCUCGAGUGGUGUGCCAAGCGUGGCAUUCAACAAGGGCACCUGGCCGUGCGCAAUCAGGAUGGGCGAGGGCGUUCGCUGCAGGCCCGCGCGCGUUUCCAGCCAGAAGAGCUGAUCCUGGAAGUGCCAGCCCAUGCCAUUCUGGCAGAGGGGAGAGCUAGCAGCUAUCAGGCUUCGCAUUGGACCCUGGGGAUUGCACACCGGUUGCUUGAAGAGGACUGCUUGGGAGAAGAUUCCGCCUUUGCGCCGUAUGUGCAGCUGCUUUUGGAGGGAGAGCCCCACGAGGACAGCGAAGCUUCGCUGCCGGGCAUUGCUGGGCUGAUGGCUCGGCAACGGAGGACUCGCAAAACCGCGCAGCUGGAGGAGCUCCGGCGAGCGGCGCCCAAGCACGUGCCCCACCGUGUCGAACGUGCCCUCCAUGCAGUAGAUACGCGCACAGUUUAUUCGCGCCCUGCUCAAGCUUGUGCACUUGUGCCAUUCUUCGACUUUGCGAAUCAUAGCGCGUACCCAAAUGCGAGAUGGACAAUGGAGUCAGACCGAGUGCUCAGGCUUUUUGCAUCGUCACACAUUGACAUUGACGAUGAGGUAACCAUCUUCUACGACAGUCAUCCCAACGCGCGGUUGCUCCUGACCUAUGGCUUCGUGCUUCCCGGUGAUGGCCCACACAGGUGUGUUGACCUGGAGGUGACCAGCGUUUCCCAGGAGGACUCAGGCAGUGGAGUUCAAUUGCAGGUCCUGGCAGACGGGUCGCUGAGACGCCGGGCAGCGCUCGUGCCGCUGCUUCGGGGUCUCACUGACGAAGAGCUGGCAGAACACCUGGUCAAGCAGGCGAGUGCAGAGCUGCUUCAGUGGCAGCAGCUGCAGUUGGUCGACCCGCAGCUCGUCCUCCUCUGCAACAUGACCAUCGAGGUCCUGGGCAGCUUCGUCAGGCGACUGGAGUCUUGGUUGCAGGAUCCAGAGGGGAAACUGCUGACAGCGCUCGGCCCGCAAGAGGUACUCGACACUCACAGCAGCGACGCUUCCCAGGACGACCAGGCCGACGCCAUGGCCAGCUGA